CUCUCUCUCUCUCUCUCAACUUAUAAAGAAAUUUAUUUCUCCCAGUUUGGAGACUGGCAAGUCCCAUAUCUAGGCUUGGGCAUCUGGCUACGACCUUCAUGUUCCAUCUUCUUGUGGAGGAGGCAAGAGGGUGAGGGAGGGCGAGAGACACAGCAAGGUUCUAGUUUUGACCCAGAGCAGCACGGUACCAUUGCACAGACACACAGACCUUUACCUAGUCAGAACCGUCAGCUUUCCCUGAGGCACAGGAGGCUGAGGGAGGCCACAUCCCUGACUGAGAGUAGACAGGCUUAAGGGCCUGGUGAGCCUCUUCUAGGGGCUGGUUCUUCUCUUUUCCUGGGUUCUUCCCAGCAUGUCGGGUUUGGGUGGCUGCUGCAGGCCACUGUGAGCUGGGCCUGCCACCUAGUGGCUAUACUCUGCCUCCACCAGGCCUCGCUGCCGGUCUGGGGUGGGCAAGGCCUGUGCUUCGGUGGGCAUGAGUAGGAGUUUGGCAUGGACAGGCGGGACGGGCCUUGUCUCUUGCUAACUGAGGCAGCCCUGGAGGGGCCUGGCCGGGCUAGAACCCAGUUGCCAUCUCAGGCCACUCAAUAAGGCGUCAUUGACCAGAAAGGACGUUCCGCAGGCCUGUGGGCCCAUCUUCCUGCCCCAGAAGAUUCCCUGCUCUGCACACACCUCCUCCAGUCUCAGGGUCACUGAAGUUGGCUCACGCCCCACUCCUAGUUGCCUGAGGUCUGGGCACUGGGCCACUUCUCACCCUUCAGCCAGAGUUAAACAUUAGUGGGAGGCUGUCUCCCCGUCUCUGGGGAGGGCAGGGGAAUCACACUCACCAGUCUCCUGUGUGGAGCACCAGUUCCGUCCCGAGCCCAGACAAUGCCUGUGGAGGAGUUCAUGGCUGGCUGGAUCUCUGGAGCUCUGGGCCUGGUCCUGGGACAUCCCUUUGACACUGUGAAGGUGCGACUUCAGACCCAGACCAGCUACCGGGGCAUCAUGGACUGUACGGUCAAGAUUUACCGCCAUGAGUCGCUCCUGGGCUUCUUCAAGGGAAUGAGCUUCCCCAUCGUCAGCAUACCUGUGGUCAACUCUGUCCUGUUCGGGGUCUACAGCAACACCCUGCUGGCACUCACAGCCACCUCCCACCAGGAUCGGCGGGCCCAGCCCCCCAGCUACACACAUGUCUUCAUAGCAGGCUGCGCCGGUGGUGUCCUGCAGUCCUACUGCCUGGCCCCAUUUGACCUCAUCAAAGUCCGACUACAAAACCAGACGGAGUCAAGGGUGCAGCCAGGGAGCCCUCGACCCCGGUACCAGGGGCCUGUGCACUGCACAGCCACCAUCUUUCGGGAAGAGGGUCCACGGGGACUGUUCCGAGGAGCCUGGGCCCUAAUGCUGAGGGACACCCCUUCGUUGGGAAUCUACUUUGUUACCUAUGAAGGGCUCUGUCGCCAGUACACUCCAGAUGGCCAGACCCCUAGCUCAGCCACAGUGCUGGUGGCUGGGGGCUUUGCAGGCAUUGCCUCCUGGGUGGCAGCCACGCCCUUCGACGUGAUCAAGUCCCGGAUGCAGAUGGAUGGCCUGGGACGCAGAGCCUACCAGGGGUUUCUGGACUGCAUGGUGAGCAGCUUCCGGCAGGAGGGACUAGGGGUCUUCUUCCGGGGGCUUACCAUCAACAGUGCUCGUGCCUUUCCGGUCAACGCUGUCACCUUCCUCAGCUAUGAGUAUUUCCUGCACUCACGGGGAUGAGCCUGGCGGGCACUGCCAGCAGCUCCCCCACAGGACCCUGAGGGCAAGACGGGAAGCCAAGCUGAGAGCACCUAGCUUGAACUCAAAUGCAAGGGGCUUGGCCUCUCUGAGGCCCGGCACCUCCAACUACCCAGACCAGGCUGCAGGACACCUGAGCAGAAAGCCAUGAUCUUGGCUUCUACCCAGCACCACUCACCUGGACUCCUUUUCUUCCCUGAACCAGGAAGCACAAUGGUGCUGGUGAUAGCCCAGCCCCAGUUCCGCC